CCGCUCUGCCCGCGCCGGUGGACGCUGCUGAAGAAAUUAAAGUGCGUGGUCUGGCGGAGGCGGCAGGAGCUGCGCGUUUGAAGGAUUACAUAGCACUUUUUUCACACACCCUGACAAAGAAGUGGCUGGGGAACAGUGGGUGGAGCUGGUGGCGGGAGCACGUGGCCGAGCGGAGGUGGAGGUGUCUGUAGGCGGACCCGGGGCCGGAGCCGGGGCCAGAGCCGGGGCCGGUCACUGCAGUAUUGCCGGCCGUCUGCGCUAUGGCGAACCCCGCCGAUCAGCUGUAUCUACAACCACAGUACGCUGCCAGCAUAGAGAAGAUUGACUACGAGGAUGAGAAAGUGUUAAUUCAUUACCGGCAGUGGAGCCACCGUUACGACGAGUGGUUUGACUGGACAAGUCCCUACCUGAGACCUGUAGAGAGAAUUCAGCUGAGGAGGCAGGGCCUGCAUGACGACGCCUCUGCGCCUGUAAGCGCUCCACAUCACGGCUUUCAUGUCAACGACAAGGUUCUGGCCAGCUGGUCCGACUGCCGUUUCUACCCCGCUAAAGUCCUUUCAGUUCACAAAGAUGGAACCUACACAGUGAAGUUCUACGAUGGCGUCAUACAGACUGUGAAGGAGAUGCACGUGAAGCCCUUCAUUAAAGAGAAAGGUGGUGCUGGAGGGAAGUCCCGGUCCUCUGAGAGGAACAUGGUUAGGAAGGCCCAAACCCGCCGAGACAGGAAGCCCCAGGAGAACGGAGGGCCCAAGAGCAAGCGAGCCAGGCGCAGCACCUCCGACCAGGAGGACAGCAACAGCGACGAUGAGGAGCAGGAAGAAGGGAUGGAAAGUGAGAAAAACAAGAAAUCCAACGGCGCACUCGAGGCUUCAAAAAACAUCAAGCAGGAACUGUCUGAAGGAGAGCAGGACAAGCCCGGGGACGAGGAAAAGGGGGCGGUGCUCACAAACGGAGCGGCGGCUGAGAAGAGCGAGGGCGUUUGCCACGUCAACGGAGACGUGAAGAAAGAGGAGGAGGAGACGGAGGUGUCUGGACUGAAGCCGUACACGGAGUCAUCCCAGUCCUGCGCGGAGAUGCCCGGCCAGUCGGCGCCGCCGGCGGAGCAGGCGCCCGUCACCACGGCGACCGCCGAGCCGUCGGCGAGCGUGCAGCCAGCAGUGGACGCGGCGCCUCCACAGCCCGUAAAACCGGUGAGGAAGCAGGGCUUCCACAAUCCCAACAGAUUCAGCAGGGAGCCGCUGUACCGCGUCAUCAAGAACCAGCCCCCGCUGGUGCUGUCCGUCAACCUGGACCACAACCCGUUCAAGUGCAGCUCUCCCGGCUGCACCAAGUCCUUCCGCAAAGCCAAGCUGCUGCACUACCAUAUGAAGUACUACCACGGUGAGGAGCAGCCCCCGGAGGAGGAGCACAGCCCCACCCGGAGCGUGCAGACCCGGGCCUCGGAGAAGGAGCCCGCCGCCCUGGACGGCUCCAAGCGCCGGCGGACCAUCUCCGCCUCCAUGCAUGUAGCCUCGCGAGGGGAUCUGAAGAGCGCAGGCAGGCGCACGUCGGCCCCGCCCGCAGUCAGCAACCAGGGCCACCAGCAGAGGGCGCUGCUGAGGGACAAGAGCAAGGAGAACCACCUGGACCGGAACGGGUGCCAGCUGCAGAACUCGGACCGGACCGGCUUCGACGUCGGAUCUGUAAAAGACAAACCAAAAGAGAAACCAAAACAGAAGGACUUCCUGCGUAUUAAACUAAAGAAGAAAAAGAAGAAGAAGUCAAAGUCUGAGAGCACAGGUAGUGAGGAGAAUAUUGACAUCUCAGUAUUGGGUCUUCACUCCAAAUUGACCUUGCCACUCAAACCCCCCCCCACACACAAUCACUACGGCAGCAGGCCCGGACACAGCCUCUCACAGCAGAUACGCGAGGACGACGACGACAGCAUCAGCGACUGGUCCACGGACAGCUGCGGCUGGAGCGACGACGACUUCGACAUGGACCUGGACGUCACCACGCCGCCGCUCAGCGUGGACUCCGGCGCCGUGGACACCAGCGACCAGGAGAGAGUGAGAUGUGUGUGUGAGGUGGAGGAGGAGAACGACUUCAUGAUCCAGUGCGAGGACUGUCUGUGCUGGCAGCACGGCACGUGCAUGGGCCUGCUGGAGGACAACGUGCCCGACCGCUACACCUGCUACGUCUGCAGAGAUCCACCAGGUCUGAGGCAGAGCCUGCGUUACUGGUACGACCGCGAGUGGCUGACCAACGGCCACAUGUACGGCCUCUCCUUCCUGGAGGAGAACUACUCCCACCAGAACGCCAAGAAGAUCAGCACCACGCACCAGCUGCUGGGAGACGUGCAGCACGUGGUGGAGGUGCUGAACGGCCUGCAGCUCAAGAUGAGCGUGCUGCAGAGCAGCACCCACUCGGACCUGCAGCUGUGGCGUCAGCCCUGGAAACACCUGGAGAGGUGUCAGACCUCGGACUCGUGCCGCGGCAGCAACACGGCCCCGUCCCCUGCCACCCCGGAGGAGGACAUGAGCCGGGGAGAGAUCCUGAUGUCCAACGCUCUGGAGAAGCUGAGCCGGGCCGCCACGGCGGCUAGCUCGUCCUACUCCAGCUCCUCGUCCCCGUUCCCGUCCUUCCAGGACUCGUACAUCACCAGCGACCACUGCUACCAGAAGCCCCGCGCCUACUACCCGGCCGUGGAGCAGCGGCUGGUGGUGGAGACCCGGCAGGGCUCGGAGCUGGAGGACAGCAUGAGGAGCACGGAGGAGCUGCUGGAGCGGGAGCAGCGCUACGGGGGCCUGCUGGACGUGGAGAGACCCAAGUCUACGGGCGUCAGCAACAAGGCUUCGAUGGGGGUGUCGUGGUCGCAGGCUGAGAGCAGGGAGGACGCUGGGAAGGAUGCGGGUGAUCCGGGAGACAACAGGCAGCACCAGCAGUGGCAGAUCAACCUGCUGGAUCACAUAGACGCGGUGCAGGACGAGGUCUCGCACAGGAUGGACUUCAUCGAGAGGGAGCUGGACGUGCUGGAGAGCUGGCUGGACUACACCGGGGAGCUGGAGCCUCCUGAACCUCUGGCACGCCUACCUCAGCUCAAACAUCGCAUGAAGCGGCUGCUGACGCAGCUGAGCAAGGUGCAGCAGAUUUCUCUGUUCAGCUCCACGUGAGGGCGCCAGAGAGCAGCAGGUUCAGGCCUCCCCAGGCCCCUGAAGGAAGCACCCCGGCCCCCGGCCAGGGCCAACGGUUCUGCUGCAGGUCCCAGACUCGGAGGGUUCGGCACAUAGUCUCCCACCUGACCUCUGCUCUGCCAUCCCACACAAACCCACAGCCAGUGUCGUAUUUGAAUAUAUGAACAUGUGUGGAGAGUGAGCAUCUUAAUUCAGGAUUAAACACAAAAAGGAACCUCGUAAACGCAGCAGCAAACUCUUAGGACCAUGUUCCGUGUGAUGUGGCCCCCAUGCAACUUCAAAACCUUACGAAUGCCUUUAGUCUGAGCUACUGCUUAAGGUCGCCCUCUCUCUCUCUCAGUACAGCGCUUUACACGCAGCUUUAUCUUCACAACGCAGUCGAGUGUCUGAAUUAACUGGUUUUUUCAAGCGGCCUCUUCAUCCCCGAGUGUGUCGGAGCGUCGUUAGGCCGUCUGUCCUGCCGUGCCGUGUCAAACUCAUCCUCAACGUAGACAGAAUGAAGGGAUUCUGUACAAAUAUCUUCUUUUUUUGUUGUUGACAUAGUCAAGUUUCUUUCCAAUUGCACUGUGAAGUUAUUUCUGUCCAACAGCUAAAGCGAGUUCUGUUUUUACUUGAGAUAAAAUGCUUCUCCUCCCCCGUCUGCUCAUCUGCACCAGUUGUAUAAAUGUGUCAGUUACUGUAUACUUUAAUUUACUCUUUGUGUUGUCUGUGUAGAUUUGAUCCGCGCUUCACUCAUGACUGUAAUGUGGAUUCUUCUCAAAUUAGCAUCUUGCGUUGGUAUAAAAUAUUGCAUAGAAAACUUGUACAUUUUUUUUUUUGUUUUUCCUUAUUCUGUUUUCGUAUUUUGGUUGUUUUAUAAAUCGUCACACAUUUAUUCUGAAUUGACAUUGUUUUCCAAAUGCAGAUAUGGUAUACUAUUGUAUUGUUUGUGUCUCAUAAGCAGGGAAAAGAUCAGAUCAAUGCAAACACAUUUCCUGGGUCAUCAAUAAACGACUAUUGUUAAUCACUA